CCCUGCUUUUAUUUUUCUUUCCAGACGGCCACAGUUGAGCACAAAAACAAACUUGAACCAGACGAACUGUGGGGCACUUGCUCUAAUGCGCUCGUCUGAAGUGGAGCAACUGAAGGCUUUUAUCUGAAGAUAUUUUUUCCAUUGUUGGAACAAAAAAAAAAGGGAAGGGCUCUGCUAAGAAAAAAAAACAACCAUUGGGAAAUUAAGUUAUGCGUAAGUGAUUGCGCAUUUUACGCACAAGGCUCAACGUGAAACUUUAACAUGUUGGAUCACCUCGCCUUUGUUGUUGUGCACAUACUCGGCUUUAUUUCCUUUGUUGCUGUCAGUCUUUCAGAAGUCACCAUGUCUCGUGGCUAAACACUUUAAAUCGCACACACAACCUGAGGAGGUGAGACUGACAAAGCAUGGGUGCCAAACAGAGCAACCCGGUAUUUGAUGGCAGAACUCGGGCUUAUUCCAGCUCUGAUCUCCCAUCUGGAAACUCCAGCGGAGGAGGAAGAAUCGCUGGGUUUAGGUACACUAAUGGACCAGAUGGCCCUCGGAUCCGAUACACAGGUGGGGGUCCAACCAGCUCCGGACUCAGUAUUCCGACCAGUGGCAGGUCAGGGUCGCAUGUUCUCAAUCAGAGCCUCGAUGGCCCGGAUGGUGAGGAGGAAGGCGAGCUGUCUCCGGAGGGCCACAGGUUGCUGGUCGGCUCUCUACCGGCUCACCUGUCCCCUCGCCUGCUGGGAGGAUUCCACUGUCCUGUUUGCUCCAAGUUUAUGGCGUCGGAUGAAAUAGAGAAACACCUGCUCAUGUGUUUCAGCAAAACACGGCUCACCUACAACAAGGACAUCCUGUCCAGAGACUCUGGGGAGUGUGCCAUCUGUUUAGACGAGAUGGAGCUGGGAGAAACCAUCGCCAGGCUGCCCUGCCUCUGCAUCUACCAUAAAAGGUGUAUAGACGAAUGGUUUGAGGUGAAUCGCUCGUGCCCGGAGCAUCCCUCCGACUAGGAGCUGCAGGAGUCCAGUUUCAGUCUCCUGUGCCCUGACCUCAACCCAACACUGUCUGUUCAGCCGAGCUUCUGCGCUCCUCAGGGAUUGUUAGACAUUAAUGCGCACAGGAUUUUUCAUAAAUGCCUCGUGGAACAGCGAUGGACUUUGGAUAUUUUCCUCUAGACGUCGUGGGACGUUCAAAGAACCACUGGUGGAGUCGUUUUGGCUCCAGAAAAUAUGUGAAUGUUCAUAAUGCCACCUACUGGCAUAAAGUGGGUUCAUGCAUACUUGGAUCUGAACUUUUUUUUGCUGAACAGGGUGUGGUUUUAUAGCAGAGAGGACUUGUAUAACCAACCUGGUGCAAGAGGUAUGUCUCUUUUCAGACUGUUCAAACUUGAUCUGAAGGCUGAUGUUGUGCAAUGUGAAAAAACAGCCAUUCAGAAUUUAAAGAAUGCCGCUGUCAGCCUUAAGGGAUGAUUACAGUGUUGAUGGUAUUUAGAAAACAGAUCGUAAUGAUAUUGUGAAGAUGGUGAAAUCAUUUCUCAUUAAACAAUCAAGUGUCCUAGAUCAAAAUAGACUAACGCUGAGUGGUCUAAAUUUGUCAAUCAUUCGUCCAUUCAGAACCACAGUAACGUGAUUGUGUAGUUGCGUGGUGGAAAUAAAGACAAAACAUAUCUAAUUUUGAUUUAUACUCUAAGGAGUGCCAUAAUAUGCUGCUAUGUCAUAGACUGGAAUGUUUUUCAUAUAACCUUUAAACGUUUGUCCGUUGUACUUUCUAUUUGUACUGUAAUGAAUUGCACAACAAUA